AUACAACUGGAAUAUAUAAUGAUUAUAGUGUUUAUCUUUGUAAUGGUAUAGCAUCUGGUACGACAGCAGUAUCAUCAGGUCGUGUUAAUCAAGCUAUCUCAUUUACAUCAAGUACAAGCUACUUUGAAUCACAAUGUUUUCCAAGAAUGCGUGGAAGCGAUCAAUCAUUUUCGUUUUCACUUUGGGUUAAUCCAACAUCCACGACAGGGGGUGGUACAUUGGUGCAUUUAUCUACUAAUUCAAAUGGGAAUGGAACUUGUUAUGAGCCUCUUGUUUUUACAAGCACGGGUGAUUUAGUAUUUCAGUGGAUGACAACAGGACCCACAAGUGUUAGUAAUGCUGAAGGUCCUGUGAUAUCAGCAAAUACAUGGACUCAUAUAGCUGUUGUAUAUGGUUUUACAAAUGGUGUACGUCUUUUUAUUAAUGGACAAUUUAGUACUUCAUCACCAAGUAGUGGAUCUAUCAAUCUAUAUAAUAGCAUUAAUGUUCCAUGGUAUAUCAUAUUAGGUAAUAAGAGUCCAUUAGGAUCAUCAGCAUCGAUUAGCUGUUCAAGUGGUUCUAUACCGAUUUCAUCAGGAUUUUUUUCAGGCUCUAUUGAUGAAUUUCGACUUUAUAAUCGAGAAUUAAACAAUCAAGAAAUAUGUGUACUUGCUAAUGCAUAA